AUGUCCGACGACGAGGCCAGCGCAAGCGCCGAGUACCACGCUGAAUACCACCCGCAUCUGCGGGAGGCAGCAGCGUACACGGCCGAGGAACUGAGGCGGCGAGCGUUCGAGGUGCGCCAGAUCCGCGGCGCGGACGCCGCCGGCCUCGAAUGUUGCCUGCCCGAGGCGCCGCGCAGCAAUCGGACGCGGCCGGACCAGGAGCAGUGUCCGAUGUGCCAGGCGAGCUGCCACCCGAGCUGCCUGGACCAGCUGCGCAACGAGGAGAUGCGCCGCGGGCGGCCGCUGGUAUACGGCUGCCCGCGGUGCGGCACCCUGUGGCGCACCGACGGCAGGGCGAGGUUUCUGAUUGGCACAGCUAUCUUGGACCCUAAAUCAUGA